UCAAGUUUUCCUUCAAUGUCACUCAUCAGACGCACCGUGAAAAUGGUCGCGAGCCUCAAACAAAACACGGCGGUCGCGUCGCGCGGGUGUCUGCUUGUAAACUAUGAGUGUGUUAUGUCACUCGCGUAACUUUGGUCGCGGAUAGUGAGACGUGUGUGUUGUGAAGCUGAGCUGGCCAGCCAUGGCGGUGUGCGACAAGUGGGUCGCACUGAAGAUAGUCGAGUUCUUGAUGUGCGUGGCCUGCCUCGUAGCGAAGCGUAUAUCUCAAGAUGACGAGGCCCGGCUGGCGCUGCUGCUGCAGAAGCUGUCGCGAGAGUGGUCGCUGCUCACCUCCGUCACGUGGGACUCCGUCGGCGGGGCCUUCGCUGAUGCCAUAUAUGGAGGUUACGUGAUCAUAACGUUCGGUCUGAUCGUGGCGCGAGUCUUCCAGGAGAUCCCUCGGGGACGCCGGAUACUUGAGGGGUACUUCCUCGGAUUCGGCAUGCUGUUCUUUUUAAUACUAGGUGGUCUAGAACUGGCGUCCCUGGACUCCGUGCCCAGGUCCCUCGUGGCCAAUGCAUCAGUUCUGGGCAGCUUCUCCCUCAUCGUAGCCGCGCUAUUCCUCAUAGACCUCAUGGGACCCCGGAUAUACACCAACACCCAGAAUUCACAAACUGACACCGCCGUAGUGGCUUCACCCAAAGCUGAUAAAAAAGUGUCUAUAAUCUCUUCUCCUAAACUGAAUGGUAACGUGGCCAAGCCCAAUUUAGCUAAUGGAAACGCCAAUGGUGUUAACGGAAAAGUAAAUGGACAAGCCAACGGAAAUGUUCCCCCAGAAAGACCAAAAGAUUUAGAUUUAGAGAAGAAUUUACCCGACAAGGACACGAAAAAAGAAGAAAUGACGCUCUUCCAACAAUCCAAAACGAGUUACCCUCAUUUCGACGACACACUUGAAAAAGACGAACUGCAAAAAUCGAAAUUCGGUUCCAUUCGCAAUGGUAUAGAAGCUGGAAAUUACGUCCGACUGUCGGAUCCCGUGUCCAUUCCUGAUAGGUUUCACUAUGAACAAGAAUUAGCCAAAUUCAAUGAGAAAUAUUUGCGGGAUUACCUCGAUAACUUUGCUGGGAAAUUAUCAGUGAAAGAAGACUAUCUACCUGAACCUCAGACGCCUGUGUUCGCAAAAGUGAAGACAGGGAGAUUAAAAGGCUUGUACGACGAGAUGUCGCCAACCUACGAACAAAAGCGGUCGAGAUCGCCCACCAAAGCCAAGACUGUGCCGUCACCGACCUUGCAACAACUCGAAGACUACUUGCGAGGGUCGACAAGGUCAAAAAGAGCCGAUACUCCAGCUUUGUUCCCCAUGGAACCUAUUGAGGAGAAGGAGACAACAGAUACGGAGGGUAGAGCAUCCGGCACGCCGACAGACCCCGGAUACGUACAGUACACGGCCGGACGGUGGCCGGACAAAAGGGACCUGCGGACACCCAGACACAGUCCGACCAAAUAGUGAAUAAGUUUCGAUACAACGAUGCGUGAUAAUGCUGAAUGCCACAUAAUGGCAGAACAAAUUCGUCGUCAUGUCCUGUACAUAAUGCCACGAUGAACAAUGACUGACGAACUCUGAAACCACCUUUAGUGCGGGUGUAUGUAAGACAUUUAUUUUAUUAAUCAGUAGGUAAGAAUACUAAUAAAGUUUUUGCAUAUA